CCACCCUUCAUUUCUUAUCACCCUCUCAUUGCUCACUAUAGUCCCCACUAAUUUGCCUCCUUUCUACUCUUCUUCUUUCUUUCUCCCUACUUGAGAAUUUCUUGCAUAAUACAUUUCCACUCUAAACACUUUAACCUAUCAUAUAUAUACAUAAUCAUACAACAACACUUUUAUAGCAGUGUGCAACUUCAUUUUAUUGAACUGAAGGAACAAACACUAAUUAAACGCCCUUCUCUGUAUUCUUCUUGCUUUCCUCUCAGGAAAGAACAACGCUUCAAGAAUUUGAAGUAACUUCAGGUUUAGUUGGAAAAUGGCACCCAAUAAGAAUGGUCGUGGCAAGACGAAAGGAGACAAGAAGAAGAAAGAAGAGAAGGUUCUUCGGCCUGUUGUUAUGGAUAUGACAGUAAACCUUCCAGACGAUACUCAUAUUAUUCUAAAGGGAAUAUCGACGGAUAGAAUCAUUGAUGUUCGUCGAUUACUAUCGGUGAACACAACAACGUGUAAUAUUACCAAUUUUUCAUUAUCACAUGAGGUAAGGGGCCCACGAUUAAAAGACAGCGUGGACGUUUCGGCACUGAAGCCAUGCGUCCUCACACUUGUAGAAGAGGAGUACGACGAAGAGAGCGCAACGAGCCACAUUAAACGACUGCUGGAUAUCAUCGGCUGUACGACGUGUUUUGGGCCGUCAAAUGGCAAUAAGAGCGUUAAGAAAUCGAGUAGUAAGCCGCGCCGAAACAGCAAAUACAAACAAUCUCCUUCACCGCCGGACUGUGCUGCUGCUGCUGCGUCGGCGGCGGUGGACGAAGAUGGAGAAAUGAGUAGUCCGAAGAUUGGUAGCUUCUACGAGUUCUUCUCCCUUUCUCAUCUCACGUCCCCUCUUCACUUUAUAAGAAGGGGAACAAGAAAAGCUGAUGAAGUUUUACCAAAUAAUUAUCUUUUCUCACUUGAAGUGAAACUCUGUAGUGGGAAGUUGGUUUUGGUUGAAGCUUGCAGAAAAGGUUUUCAUAACACUGGAAAGCAUGGGAUACUUUGUCACAAUCUUGCGGAUUUGUUGAGACAACUAAGCAGAGCAUUUGACAAUGCCUAUGAUGAGCUCAUGAAAGCAUUCUUGGAGCGUAACAAGUUUGGGAAUCUUCCUUGUGGUCUCAGAGCCAACACAUGGCUUGUUCCCCCUGUGGCUGCACAGAUGCCAUCAAUCUUUCCAUCUCUGCCUGUGGAAGAUGAAAAGUGGGGAGGAAAUGGAGCUGGUCUAGGCCGAGAUGGGAAAAGUGAUUUAUUACCUUAUGCGAGUGAACUUUUGUUUGUUGCAUCUAUGCCUUGUAAAACAGUAGAGGAGAGGCAGGUUCGAGAUAGAAGGGUUUUUCUUCUUCAUAGUUUAUUUGUUGAUGUUGCGAUUUUUCAGGCCAUCUCAGCUGUGCGACAUGUAAUGGAGAAAGUUAAACCAACUCAUUCUGAUGCAAACAGAGAAAUCAUUUAUAAUGAGAGAGUUGGGGACUUGAGCAUAUCUGUCAUCAAAGAUGUGUCCGAUGCUAGCUGCAAAAUCGAUACCAAAAUUGAUGGAUUUCAAGCAACUGGAAUAGCCAAGAAAAAUCUGAUCGAAAGAUAUCUACUCAAGGGGAUUACCGCUGAUGAAAAUACUGCUGCCCAUGAUAUUGCCACUUUAGGUGUUUUGAAUGUAAGGCAUUGUGGUUAUAUUGCGACUGUAAAAGUUCAAAGGAAAGCUAGUGACAAAGUGGGAUCUCCAUCGGAGAGCAUUGAACUUGCUGAUCAGCCUGGUGGUGGUGCAAAUGCCCUUAAUAUCAACAGUUUAAGGUUUCUGCUUCAUGAGAAAAAUGACAACAAAGUAAUGCAUUCAAAAUCCUCAGAAUCCAAAGAGAUCAAUCACUUUCGGGCAUUUGUCAAGAGAAUAGUAGAAGAGAGUCUUCUCAAGCUUCAAGAACAGAACAUAGAAGGUGACUCUUUCAUCAGAUGGGAACUUGGAGCGUGCUGGAUACAGCACUUACAGGAUCUAAAGAAAUCAGAGAAAGAUAAAAAAGCUCAUACAACAAAGACAAAAAAUGAGAUCAAGGUUGAGGGACUUGGAAUCCAUCUUAAAUCCCUUAAGAACAGAAAGCAGAACAAACUCCAGUCUGAAAGCUUCAAAUCUGUUGCAGAUAGUGUAGAUGGGAGAUCAGAAAAAGUUGUCUUGCCAUCUGGGGAUUCUCAAUGUGAGACUGAUCCCAAUCAAAAUCAGCUCAUACUGAAGUCACUGUUGUCUGAUGAUGGUUUUACUCGUCUGAAAGAGUCAGAGACCGGACUUCACCUUAAGUCUGUGGAAGAGCUGAUUGAGAUGUCACAGAAGUACUACAAUGAAGUUGCCCUUCCAAAAUUGGUUGCCGACUUUGGUUCUCUGGAACUCUCACCAGUUGAUGGUCGAACCUUAACUGAUUUCAUGCAUACCAGAGGUCUGCGUAUGCGUUCGCUUGGACAAGUUGUAAAACUUUCAGAGAAGUUAUCUCAUGUGCGAUCUCUAUGCAUACAUGAGAUGAUAAUAAGAGCUUUUAAACAUAUUCUACAAGCUGUUAUCGCUUCAGUCAUUGAGAUUGAGGAUCUUUCUGCAGUAAUUGCUGCUACCUUAAAUAUGAUGCUUGGGUUUCCUGAAAAUGAUGAACCAAAUGAACAUCAUGGCAUUGACCCGUUCAUGUGGAGAUGGCUGGAGUUAUUUUUGAAGAAUCGAUAUGAAUGGGAGACUGGCAGCUUAAAUUACAAGGAUCUGAGGAAAUUCACAAUUCUUCAUGGUUUAUGCCAUAAGGUGGGAAUUGAACUUGUUCCAAGAGAUUAUGAUAUGAAUUCUCCAAAUCCAUUUAGAAAAGAAGACAUUGUCAGCCUAGUACCUGUGCAUAAGCAAGCUGCUUGCUCUUCCGCAGAUGGACGACAGCUUUUGGAAUCAUCUAAGACAGCUUUGGAUAAGGGAAAACUCGAAGAUGCUGUCAGCUAUGGGACUCAGGCUCUUGCUAAGCUGGUCGCAGUAUGUGGUCCCUACCAUCGAAUGACAGCUGGAGCAUAUAGCCUUCUAGCUGUUGUUUUGUAUCACACUGGUGAUUUUAAUCAGGCAACUGUCUAUCAGCAAAAAGCCCUGGACAUCAAUGAAAGGGAGUUCGGGCUGGAUCACCCAGAUACCAUGAAAAGUUACGGGGAUCUUGCAGUUUUCUAUUACCGACUUCAACAGACAGAGUUGGCUCUCAAGUAUGUAAAGCGAGCUCUUUAUCUGUUGCAUCUCACAUGUGGCCACUCACAUCCAAACACUGCAGCAACAUACAUAAAUGUGGCUAUGAUGGAGGAAGGGCUUGGUAAUGUGCAUGUUGCCCUCAGAUAUCUACAUAAAGCUCUGAAGUGCAACCAAAGGUUACUCGGCCCUGACCAUAUUCAGACUGCUGCGAGUUACCAUGCUAUAGCAAUUGCUCUCUCUUUGAUGGAAGCUUAUCCUUUGAGUGUUCAACAUGAGCAAACAACCUUGCAGAUACUCAAAGCGAAGCUUGGUCCAGAUGACCUUCGCACACAGGAUGCUGCUGCUUGGCUUGAAUAUUUUGAGUCCAAGGCUGUUGAACAGCAAGAAGCUGCUCGAAAUGGAACUAGGAAGCCAGACGCAUCAAUAGCCAGCAAGGGCCAUUUGAGUGUGUCGGAUUUUCUCGACUAUAUCAAUCCUAGUUCUGAUGCCAAAGGGAGAGAUGUUAUUCUAGCAAAAAGAAAAGGCUUUGUCUCAAAGGUAAAGGGAAAAUCUGAUCUGACCAAUUGUGCCUCAGCAAACUCUGACACUCCUAAAGAUGUCCUGAAAGUGGAGCAAGAUGAUCAGAAGCUAAUUUUUAAAGAUGAUAGUGAUUCCCGGAUAAAUGUGGAACCCUUUGAUACAAUAGUUGAGUCCAAUCAGAAUGCAGAUCGAAGAAUUUCGGAGAACAAAAAACCCAUUGAACCUAGUCCCUUGGUGGAGGACGCUUCAUUGGAGAAGUGUGUUAACAGUGCUGUCUUAUCUGAACCUCAUGCCGAAGCAGAUGAUGGAUGGCAGCCAGUACAGAGACCAAGAUCAGUUGGUAUUUAUGACCGAAAACUAAGACAGAGGUGGCAAGCCGUCAGCAAGGUCAUUGAUUACCAGAAAAAAGACUCAGUUUCCGAAGUUGGUCAUGCUAGAUUGAAGAAUAACUAUCAAGCUGGUAGAUAUUUUGUCUUAAAGAAAAAGACAACAUCAGAAGAAAAUAAUGUGGAUUACUAUGUAGCAAAGAGUCCAUCUCCAAGUACCAAACUUGGUCGAAGAGUUGCAAAAGCUAUAACAUAUCGGGUCAAGUCUGUGUCAUCAUAUGUUGGAGAUGUUGUUGCUGAGAACUCUAGAACUGGAGGUGAGUUAUUAGGUUCUUCAAUGGAGAAGAAACAAGUUUCUGCAAUAAAAGAGUCUGAACCAAUACCAAAAAGGAGUUCCAUAGUAAGCCUCGGAAAAUCUCCUUCCUAUAAGGAUGUAGCAGUUGCCCCGCCAGGUACCAUCUCUAUGUUGCAGGAUAGAGUUUCUGAAGAUAAAGUUCCUGAUAAUCAAGAAGUUCUGGAACUUGGAGAGGAACAAAAUUUUGAGCCAAUAAGAAGCGAUGCAGAAUCCAUUAAGGUGGAGGACAUUCAGCAUCUUGUUGCAGUUGACCAUAAAGAAGGAAUUAAGUUGAGUGAUUUGGGAGGUGAUGAAAUUUCAGAGGUCACAUGUCCAAGCAUGUCAACAGUUAAUAACAGCCAUGUUGAUGUUAGUCCAAUGGAAGAGAAAGGUGUCGAUACUCAAAACAUGUGUAUUUCUGACAAUUCUCCCAGAGUGGAUCUCUGUGAAAAUGAGUCAUCAAGCAAUUUGGAUGCAAGUUGUAACUCCAAUGUUACCUUACAAGACGUGGAGUACCCACAGUUAAAAGCUUCAUUAUCUUAUUCAAGUGAUAUUAGUCGAGAACUGUCCGAUAAACAGUUAUCUGCAUCAGCGGCACCGUUUAGCCCGUUCCCAGCCAUUGCUCGCAUAGUGCCACUGCCUAUGAGUGUUUGGUCAAUGAACAUGAGUAUUCAUCCAGGAACACCCACAAUCUUGCGCAACACAAUGUGCUCCUCCCCUCAUCAGUCAUACCCUUCACCUCCUCCAACCCCAAACAUGAUGCACUGUUUGCCCUUUAUGUGCCCUCCCUACUCUCAACCCCAGAUGUUACCUCCAACUACAUUCCCAGUAAACAGCACCACUUUCCGUCCCAAUCAUUAUGCUUGGCAAUGCAAUAUGACUCCUAAUGCAUCAGAUUAUGUUCCUGGCUCAGUUUGGUCUGGCUGCCACCCAAUAGGGUUUUCUGUCUCACUACCUUUGGUUGAACCAAUUACUGAGUCAACCUUGGUUUCGGUCACAAAAGAGUCAUCUGAUAAUUCUGAUAGCUCGAGUCUGGUACCAUGCCUGCCUGUUAAUCUCAUCUCUGGAGACAAGGGUAAGGCAGAAGUAAAUCUUCCAGCACUAAAUGCAGUGGAGACCUUGAAUGAUAUAGCUGAGGUUGGAUCAGAAAAAGUGAGAGCAAGUAACGCAUUGGCUUCAGAGUACAUUACCAUGUCUGACAAUCAUUCACAGAAGUGUAACGCUCCAAAUGAGAAUGCUGGAUCCUGUGAUAGCCACAUGCAGAGACACCCUUCCAAGACUGAUGAGGAGAAGACAUUAAACAUUUUAGUAAGGGGCAGGAGGAACCGCAAACAAACUCUGAGAAUACCGAUAAAUUUGCUUAAGAGACCAUAUACUUCUCAGCCAUUCAAAGCUGUAUGUACCAGGGUUAUAAGAGACUGAGGUUCCCAGCCUACCAGUUUUGAGCUAAUUAAAUCUAACAUAGAGAUUACUACUUGAGGUAGUUUUACAGCUUUUGCCAGAUAAUCGUAGAGCAGGAUGGGCAGUUUAAGGUGACUAGACGUGUUUUGCUGCUCACAUACAAAGUCUGCUGAGUGUUGAUUAAUUGCCCUGGUGGUACUCACAGCUUGAUAUUGUUGGCGUUCUGAUAUGCUGCAUCAACUUGACUUGAAGGCUAGUUCUCUCGAACGAAGACAAUAUUGUUGUUAUCCUAUCCAACCCUCUGCCCCCCCCCCCCCCCCCCCCAACUGGGUAAAAAAAAUCAUCCUUCUGCUUUGCCUCUGUUUUCGUUUGAAGGAAGAGCAAGAGUUGUCAUCUUAAUUAAUCAUAAGAAACAUUCUGUAACCUAUGACCUUUUUUUUACAACGUUGCUUAGUGAUAGGAUAGAAUUAGCAUAUCAAUAAGCACUUACUCCCUCUAUCCCAAUUUAUAUGAUGUAGUUUGAUUGGGCACGGAGUUUAAGAAAUGGAGGAAGACUUUUGAA